UCCCUUAUUGCAGGGCAGAACAUUUCAAAAAUGUUUCAAGUUCCUGUGGAAAAUCUGGACCAAAUCAGAAGUAUGCGGCCAUGGGUGAAGAGCGUUCUCCUGAAUAUUGGACUUGCUGGCUGCAAAGAAUUGUUGAAGGACCUUAAAGGCUUUGGCCCAAGUGACAGAUACUUUUAUAAUACAUCUUGGCCAGAUAUUGCUUCAAGGGAACUUGUCAGAAAGAAAGUGAGAUACAGAACCAAGCCAUACUGCUGUAGCCUCUGCAAAUACUCAGCAAAUGUGCUUGCUUCUCUCAAAAAUCAUUUGAAUCAUUGUCAUGAAGAUGAGGUGGACCAAGAGCUGCAGAUCCAGUGUCCAGAUUGCUCAUUUGCUUCUCGGCCUGAUGUGGUGAGCAGGCACUUCUGGUUGUUCCAUGAACCUGCUGGGAAAGUUCACAGCCCAAAGGAGAAAGUUCUGGGAAAUGGGAAGUCAUUGAAGGGUUAUGUAAAACAUUUUACUUGUUUAAAAUGUAACUUUUCCAACACUUCCUUCUGUAGCAUGAAGAAGCAUGUGCUGAUCACCCAUUUUCAUUCUUUACUUAAUGCCUACAUUGGCCUUCAAACUAAAGAAGACCAGCAGCAGCCAAAAGCUGCUAUUCUUUCUGGGGUAAACACUCUACCACCUGAAAGAUUCUAUUGUAAAAAGUGUAGUACCACUAUGAGUAGCCAGGAAGAGCUCAUGUCCCAUAUUUUAACAGCAGAUGUACACAAGAAUUUGGAGAAUAAGUUGAGGUCUGUGAUUUCAGAACACAACAAGAGGACUGGGCUUCUGAAGCAAGUGACCAUUGCUCCAAAGCCACAGUCAGGCUUGUCUAGACCACCAAACAGCAGUGCUCUACAUACAACUACUUCAUCAAAGCCACCUUGGCCCCAUCUUACCUUGCCACAGAAUACCCCAAGUCUAUCCAUGGUACAGCCAGUGACUUUGGCCCAACCUGUAACUUCUACCCAUGUACAGCCACGGGUGGGGGUUCCAGGAUCUUCCUGGAGUCUCACCCAUUCUCUAUCUAAUACUACUCAGUCCCAUGUGGCUUUUGUCUCAAGCCCUCUACCUGUUAGCCAGACCAGCCUCACACUGCAGCCUUCAGUCCCCUCAACUGUCAUUUUCUCAGGCAGGGCUUCACCUAAUAAGCCUGUAGAUGUUCCUGCACUACCUGUGAGUCGGCCACUUGGGCCUGUGAAUAAGUCUGUUGGAAUGAGCAAUAUCCCAGUGAGUCAAGCCAUCCAACCUGGGAUUUUACCCUUAACACAGCCCAUGGGGUCCACAAUUCUACCUUUGGGUCCUCUAGUAAGAUCAGUGGGGCCCACAAGCAGACUGACCAGGGCAGAUACCCCUUCUUCUGGUCUUUCUGUCAGUAAUGGGGUUCUGCAGACCACAACACCAGGAACUAUUUCGGUGGGCCAGGUGGUCUCAUUGGCAGUCCUUCCUGAAGGUCAGAUGACCCCGGCUUCUGUGAUUCCUGCACAGACAGCAGCUUCUGGGGUUCUUCCCACUGGCCAAGCAGUCCAGUCCAGGGUUCUUCAUAUAGGUCAGACUGUCUCAUCACAGGUUCUCCCCUCUUGUCAGACAGUGUCUUUUAGGGUUCUCCCUACAGAUCAUUUGGCCUCAUCUGGGUUGCUGUCCCGCAAACAGCUGGUGGUCUCGGAUGGCUCUGUAAACCAGGGUGUGAGCUCUCGUAUUCCUCUGCUUGGUCAGCCUAUUACAUCAGGAGUCCUUCCUGCAGGUCCACCAGUUAGACCCAGUGUGCUUCAGCUUACACAGUCUGUUGGUCCCAGUCUCCUGCCAGUGAGCCAAUCAGUGAGAGCUGAAGUUUCACAGAAUACCCUGUUCCUCAAGUCAGGCUCUGGUUUUAGGAAGCUCCUUCCAACAGGAACACAGGUUAAUGGGAAGCCCAUUUACAUGCUGGACCCCAUUCCCAUCACUCUGCCUAUUCCUCAGGGUGCUAGCCUUAUGACUAUCACUCCGCCCCAGGUGCCCCACAAAUUUCUCUCCCCUAGUGUGAGUACACAGAGGUCCAGUGCUCUACCCAGCUUGUCUUCCUCACAGGGGCGGGUAAGCACUGCAGACCAGAGUAUAUUUGUUCGGGUCUCUUCACCUGAGGUCAGACAGGCCAACCAGUGGAAAAUCUGCCCAGUUUGCAAGGUGUUCUUUCCAUCUAAUGUCUACCAGGCUCACAUGGAAGUGGCUCACAAACAAAGUGAGUUUAACUCCAGUGAGAAACUUGAACCAGUAAAGCUGGCUGUGUGUGCACCAUUUCUGAAAUGGACAAGAGAGAAAGCCAUGCGCUGCCUCUCCUGCAAAUGCUUAGUCUCAAAGGAGGAGUUAAUGUACCACUUACUUACACAUGGCUUGGGGUGCCUGUUUUGCCCAUGUACUUUCCACAACAUUCAGGAUCUUUUGGAGCAUAGCAGAAUUAAACACCUUGGGAGGAAGAAGCUGUCUUUGGAUUAUAGUAACAGGGGCUCCCAAUUAAGCCUGGAUGCUAAUGGCAACCUGUUGUUCCCCCAUCUUGAUUUCAUCAUCACUUUGCCAAAAGAGAUGAUUGGAGAACAGGAGAUCUGCCUGGCUAUCCUUUCAGGGAUAUACUCCACAUCACUGGUACCCUUGUAUGUUAAGGUGAGGUCUCAGGUUAAGGCUGUACCUAAGCUCAGCGAACAAGAGCUGACCUGUCCUCUCUGUUUGAGCAUAUUCAUAAUAGCUGAUGCCUACGUGUUACAUUUGAAGGACAGACACCAUAUUAUGCCAGUGGCCUACACAGGGCUCAGUUCCCCCAUCUUCAGGUGUGUCCACUGUCGUGGAGUCUAUUCUGGAAACCUGACUAUGGCAGCCAUCUCUCUUCAUUUGCUGUAUUGUGAAUAUGCUCCUAAAGGCAACAGCUCAGACCAAGUUCAGUCUAGUUUUGUUGAGAGCAGGGAACAACAGUUUGUUAAUGGGAAAAAGAUUCUUGAUUCUACCUGUCCUGUAAAAAGAAAGUGGCCAGAUGGCCAUUUGGGGGCAGAAGGCCAUAGGAGGGAUGGAGAAGAUUCCUUGCAUGUACUAAAGGGUAAUGCACCCUCAGGUCUAGAAGAAGGGACUAACGCUGUGCCUUUGAAGAGACAAAGGAAUGAAAGCACAAGUCAGGGACUAGCGGUCAAUGAUGAUUUACUCCAGAUCCUAGCAUUAGAUCCCCAAAAAUAUAGAGACUGCCAUGAGAGAAAAAAGCAGUUUCUUAAAGAUUAUUUCCAUAAGAAACCAUAUCCUACCAGAAAAGAAGUAGAACUGUUGUCUUUAUUCUUGAAAAUGGACAAAAUUAAUGUGGCUUUGUUUUUUGGAACAAGAAGAUAUAUCUGCCUAAAAGCAAUAGAAGUCCACAGACCCUCGGUACUUCUAGGUUUUAAUAUGUCUGAACUUAAAAGUGUUAAACACAGACUGAACUUUGAACCACAAGACUCAGUUUAA